AGACUGGGAAUGAGCGGGAGCGGCCGCCUCUCCGCACACGCAGAGCGGGGGUGGGGGCCGGAGGAGUCUCCGCCUCAGGGGAACGCGGGAGAAGUCGGGGCAAAGUUUGCCGCCGCCAGCCAGGGCUGCUGAGGGCGCCGCGGGGCCGGGCUACGAGCGAAGCCAGGCGCCAGGCUCCGGCCCUGUGCGCUGCUGCCCGGCGGGGGUAGGGGAGCCCGGCGGGCCGCCGCCAAGUUGAGCGGGGUCUCGGGCGGGCUCGGAGCGAGGGGCCGCCCGCGGCGGGAGGCGGCAGCGGCUGGGUGGGGCGCUGCCUCCCGGAGCGCCGGGCAGGGGAGCCAGCAUGUCCUCCAUCCUGCCGUUCACUCCCCCCAUCGUCAAGCGGCUCCUGGGCUGGAAGAAAGGGGAGCAGAACGGGCAGGAGGAGAAAUGGUGCGAGAAGGCGGUGAAGAGCCUGGUGAAGAAGCUGAAGAAGACGGGGCAGCUGGACGAGCUGGAGAAGGCGAUCACCACGCAGAACAUCAACACCAAGUGCAUCACCAUCCCUAGAUCACUAGAUGGCCGGUUGCAAGUAUCCCACCGUAAAGGGCUUCCCCAUGUAAUCUACUGCCGGCUAUGGCGUUGGCCAGACCUUCAUAGCCACCAUGAGCUGCGUGCCAUGGAGAUGUGCGAGUAUGCCUUUAACAUGAAGAAAGAUGAAGUCUGUGUCAACCCCUAUCACUACCAAAGAGUGGAGACUCCAGUUUUACCUCCAGUGCUGGUACCAAGGCACACAGAGAUUCCAGCAGAGUUCCCGCCAUUAGACGAUUAUAGUCAUUCCAUUCCAGAGAACACUAACUUCCCGGCAGGUAUUGAGCCACAAAGCAACUACAUUCCAGAGACACCUCCUCCAGGUUACCUGAGUGAGGAUGGAGAAACCAGUGACCAUCAGAUGAACCACAGCAUGGAUGCAGGUUCUCCAAAUUUAUCUCCAAAUCCUAUGUCCCCAGCACAUAAUAAUCUGGAUCUGCAGCCUGUUACCUACUGCGAGCCAGCUUUCUGGUGCUCUAUAUCCUACUAUGAACUCAACCAGCGAGUAGGGGAGACAUUCCAUGCUUCACAGCCUUCGAUGACCGUGGAUGGCUUCACCGAUCCCUCUAACUCAGAACGCUUCUGUCUUGGCUUAUUGUCUAAUGUGAACAGAAAUGCAGCAGUGGAGCUCACAAGACGACACAUUGGAAGAGGAGUAAGGCUGUACUACAUUGGAGGAGAGGUGUUUGCCGAGUGCCUUAGCGACAGUGCCAUUUUUGUCCAAUCUCCUAACUGUAACCAACGCUACGGCUGGCACCCUGCAACUGUUUGCAAGAUUCCACCAGGGUGUAACUUGAAGAUUUUUAACAACCAGGAAUUUGCAGCCCUUUUGGCUCAGUCUGUGAAUCAGGGUUUCGAGGCUGUGUAUCAGCUGACCAGAAUGUGCACAAUCCGAAUGAGCUUUGUCAAGGGCUGGGGAGCUGAAUACAGGCGGCAGACUGUGACCAGUACCCCCUGCUGGAUUGAACUGCAUCUUAAUGGCCCUUUGCAGUGGCUAGACAAGGUCCUUACACAAAUGGGUUCCCCAAGCAUUCGUUGUUCCAGUGUAUCUUAAGGAAACAUCUCCUUGGGGGGGCAAAACAAGAACUCUGGAAAAUGGAAUCAGUUUAACCCUUAGCAAAAAGCAUAAUAAAUAAAUUCUCCAUAGUAUUCACAUGAUCAGAAAAAA